AUGGGUGGCCGGAGGAGCGUCCUGCCCACUUCCCCUCCUCUCCCUCCCCUCCCCGCGGAGCCUGCGACGCCCGCCGCGUGCGAUCGGACAGCCCCGGCCGCCUCUUGUAUACAACGGGGAGGGAAGAGGGAGGGAGCGAGGGACGGGUCCGGCCUGCCCCUGGGGCGGGGCGGCGUUUGCAAGACAACAGCCCGAGCCCGACACAAGGAACCGCUCGCUGCUGCUGGAGGGAGCCGCGCGGAGUCGCCAGCGCCAAGCAGCUUAGUAAGUGCCGCCGGCCGGGUCUUGGGGAAGCCCAGCCGCGCUCGCUCGCUCGCCACCCCGCCCCCGCCGCCGCCUCACCCCACCCUCCCCACGCCGCUUGCAACCCCCGAGGGGAUGACAUUUCUCUCCGAUCCGAGGCUGGUGGGCGAGGGAAGCCUCUGGAGAUUUCCCCCUACCCCCCAAAUGGAUUGGAAGGUUUUGCGGGCGCCUCUGGGAACUUGUAGCUGGUUGGGGUGUUUGGAGAGAGAGAGAGCGCAGCGCAAAGGCGCGCGCCGCUUGGGUUCUUUCUCGCGCGGAAUUGUAGUAAAUCCACCGAUUAAUAGAAAAUCCUUCCGUCUAAGAAAUGGGAACUUCAUUCAUCUUGGAGGGGAGCAUCCUGGUUGGCCUUUUCUUUUUUUGCGGGGGAGGGCAUGUGGUGUGUUUUUUGUUUCGUUUUUUAAAAAAGAAAUAUUAUUUCUUUUAAAGCUCGUUCCAGUCCCUGUUUGCAAACUCUUAUAAAGGGUGCUCUGUGCGCCGGCUGCUCAACCGGCGCGCGCGGGUAUGUUUGUGUACGCAUGUAUUGAAAUCGACGGGACAACUCCAGCGCAGGGAAUCAAUGAAUCACUUUCUUCCAGUCCAUAAAUGCACUUACCCAGGAAUGCCCCAUGAGAACCAAACGGCGCUGCAAAGGGGGCGGGUGAAUCUCUCCUUACAGUCGUCAAGACAUGUCGUUUGGGAGCAAUUCUGUGGAUUUUAGUGGAGCGACUGUGCGGCUACUCUGGAGUAAGUCGCGUAUUAAUUCAAGAUCUCCGUCCCCAGAAAAAAAGUGCUUUCAAAAUAAUAUUUGCAGUGAGUCCCCUGCUUCCCUAAUAUGCCCCAGAAGGGAAGGGGUUAAAGUAUCAUUUGCGCCCUCGCACCCUCUCUCCCCCCUCCCGAAAUAAAACCAGACCAUCAGGUUUUCUGCACCGUCUCCCAUGGUUUUCUGUUCAGUGUGGCUUUCUCUGUUCGCGGACAGGGACCGUAUAAGAUUUUGCUUCUCGCCAUAUAUGCAUUUAGGUAGAGCUAACUUAAUCAUAUAGGUCAGGACUGGAGAUCGUUUCAAGGAGAAUCAGCUACUUUCUCCUCUUCCCAUUUCCUGCUUUCUAUCUCUCUCUCUCCCCCUCGCAUCUCCUGGCCAAAACAAAACAGCAUAUUUAUAACUGACUAGGGGCACUGUCUCGCCAGCCAGUCUGUGGGGUUCUGUAACACAAUGAUUUCAUAGUCAAUGGGUGAUAGGCAGGGUGAUGCUCUUACAGUUGUAGGCACCAGCAGAGGUCACCAAGCAUGUUAUAAAAUAAGCAGCCAGACACCAUCCAGCUAAAAGGUUAAUUCUCACUUACAAAGAGGAGCUGGCAGGACUAUAACCUUAACCUGAAUUUUCCUCCCUAGUUGUUUUGUUUUGUUUGCUUUCUCAAACAAUGUGUUGUUUUAUGUAGAUCACUCUCAAGUUCCUUUAUCAUAGAAUCGUGGAAUUGUAGAGUUGGAAUGGUGAUUUGUAGCAUGUUCAUAAUUGUUGAUUGCUUAUAAAUAAGAGUCUCCCCCCUCCUACAUUUUGGAGAUAGCACAGCCUGUUUCUGGAUCUCCUCUUUUACUGCCCUUUGUGUAGCACUGUUAUUCUGCAUGAUAGGAUACUUCUGUGGUGUUGGGGUAGGCAAUGCUUUAACAAUAACAAUAACAAAUCAUAUUCUUAUUGUUUUUCUACUAUGUCCACAGUAUUUUGUCUCUAAUUUGAGUAUAUGGAAUGGGAGUGCAGUGACCAGAGUGUGUGGGUGGGUGUGCAUUAUGUAACUUAUCUGACAAACCUGAUGGCUGCCCGAGGUGCAUUUAAAGGGGAGGGUGGAGAGGGCCUUUGCAUGUGCGUGGCACAGAAACCAAGAUAAUCCAGUUGCUUUCAGCCCUUCUCCAAGUGCGGAGGGAGACAGUCACUCAGCAUUUAGCAUCAGCUUCAAAACGAGUGAAGAACAUUUAAGCCUAAAUGUUCGCUGCACUUAACUUUGGUUCAACGUGGCCUAAUCUUCCCUCCUUUUUCUCCCUUGAAAAUCACAUCCAUAGGACUGGUUCUGUGAAGGCAGUUAGAGGAUUGAUAAUCUGAUCCAAUAAGAAUUGGUGCAAAUCUAGUGUAGGGGUAGGAAAUCUGCGGUCCUCGACUCUCACUAACCUUGACAAUUGGCUGUUAUUAUUAGGUGUAUUUGCACCUGCUUGUAGCUCAUGUGAAUUGUUUGUGAAAUAAAUAAGCAGAUAAUGGAGUAAGAUGGAAUAAGUAAGAUGGAGUGCAAAGAUGUGUGUGUAGAAGGGGAACCUGUGGUCCUUCAGAUGUUUGUGGGCUACAGUUUCCAUCAUCCCUGGCCAUUGACCGCUUUGGCUGUGUCUGAUGUGAGCUAGGUUCCAACACAAUGAAGGACCACAAGUUCCCUCUGCCUGGUGUAGGUUGGUGUCCCAAUCCUGCUUUUAGUCUUCCCCUGUAAUGCAUAAGUACAAGAGGGAAACUUUGGUGCAGCAUCGCUACUGGUAGCUGAGAAAAGAAGCCACUUCUUUCCGCAGCACAUAGUUACAAUCAUGGAACUUGCUCCCACAAGUGGCAUUGAUGGCCACUAACCUUUGAAAGAGCAUAACAAAACUUCAAGGAGUAGAAGGCUAUUGACUGCUAACUGAGACAGCUAUGUUCUGCCACCAUAGUCGGAGGCAGCAGUGCUUCUGAAUACUAGUUGCUGGAAGCUAAAUCCUGCUUGCAAGUUUCCCACAGGCAUCUGGUUGGCCACUAUGAGAACAGGAUGUUGGACUAGAUGGGCCACUGGCUUGAUCCAGCAAGCUCAUCUUAUGCCCUUACGCUGUGCUUAAGGCAGGUCUGGACUCUGGCAGUGAGGCCUUGCAAUGCUGGAGUUUAGACUCUUUCAACUCCUGCUCCUUUUUGCUGCUGUAUCCAGGACUAUCAAGAUGAUUCACAAGACACUUGCAAAUGCUAAAGUUCACAGAGUGCUAAAGUUCAAAGGGUGAGCGGGUGGGAAAGGAUAUAAUACCAGCAGAGCAGGCUUUCACAUGAUAUCAGAGCAAGGCGUAAAUCCUUUGAGCGGAAUAGGAAAUCCAUUGCAAAAGGUGUUUUUGCACAUUGCAUUUUAAAAGUGUAUAGCUGUGGGCUGAGAUCUAAAGGAUUCAUACACAUUUCAGGCCUCUGCCUCUGGUGGAAGCUUCUGCCCGCAGAAAAGCUAUUCUGCAGGCUGAGGGAAAAGCUUCUGAGCGACAUUCCAUGAUGUAUCACAGGCUGCCACUGGAAGGAGAAACUGGCAAACCCCUUGGUCUUUUUGGAUACUGACUGUGGUGAAAUCAGAGGUAUGAAUAUGAUAAACAUGGGUUCACAAACUGGUGUGUCGCCUGGUGUGUCAGCAUUAGGGAGCUGUGAUGGUCUGUAGGAAGUGCACACUUAGGGGCAAACCUAGGUGGGCCUCUACAUAAUGUGGGAAUUGACCCAAAGAUUCAUCCUCGUUUGGCAGUUUCAUAUGUCUUAGACUAAGAUCCUUUUCUCUGAUUAGGACUAUUAUUUGGAAAUAUAUUUGCCCCCUUCACCCAGUAUCACCUGUCAUUUAUUUGAACGUUUCUCUUUGUAGGAAAUUCACAGUUUGGGCUGCUAUUAAACAUCAGAUUAAAAACACCAAUGUGGCCUGGUAACAUACUUGCAAGUAAAAGAUGAAAAUGUUUUAAUAUCCUUUGGCUAUUUUUUUCCCUGACAGAUUCCUAUACAAGUGUGGUUAAGCCAGUAAGAAAGUCAGGGGAUCAGGGAUGGAGGCGCAGAAUCAUGAUAGGUGUUUUUGUUCUCAACUUUCAGCUAGUGUAUUUUUUUUUAAGUACUGUGAACUGUGCUACUUGGAAUACACAUGUUUGCUGAGAAUUCAGUCUGACUUUUUAAAGGAUUUGGCCGGAGUGAGUUAGCACCGCUGCUAUGCUUGUGACUUGUCCUCCAUCCAAAUGAAUGUAGUUUAUCUGGAGGCAAUAGGCAAAUAGCCUAAGGUUAUAUGCUGGCACCUGAAUUCCAAGCCUUAUCUAAGAUUGCAGAACAACCUAUUGAGGACAGUCUUUGCUUUCUGAAACAAAUACUAUAACCCAGUUUUGCUCUCCCUGUGGAACAAUAUCUUUUCUGGCUGCUAACUCCUUUGGAUGCCUGCCAGGCUUUAGCACCCUGUGUCAAAUAACACGCUUCUGACAAAGGUUGCCCCAGUCAGGUGGGAGAAAAUUACUCAAUGUUCAGGUGUCCAUGUGAGUGUUUUGUUUUGUUUUGUUUUUGCUCUUGGGCAUUUUAAUUGUCCUAAUCUUAGUUUCACCUAAUUGGUGUGUGUGCGCGCGCGCCAUUGAAUUCCACAUGAUACUCAAAAAAGCACAAUAGAAGUAAAAUAUAUAGGGGAAUCUCUGCCUAUCAGAAGGCUUUAUGAAUGAUACAAGUUUGUCAGAGAAAGAAAGCACCACCACCACAUAUCCUGCUUCUCUCUCCAUCAUAACAUACACGAAGAUUCUCGGUGUGUGAUGUGACAUCAUCACCCAGUGAAUUUGUAUGCCUCCAUUCUCUGUCAUUUGCAACAUCUGGUCCCACCCUUAAUGAACAGAACCUUUUGGAUGGUGGAACCACAAGAGUCACUCCUGAGCAAUGUCUGCAGGGCUGGCACCAGCACCUGACAUUCUUGGGCAGCUGGCAGGGCCCCAACAUUCUGGCAGGGCCCAAUGCUGUCACUUGUCCUGGGGCCGCAUUUUUUUUUGGGGGGGGUGUUAUCAAAGCCAGCUGAGUGUAGCUGCUUUUAUUUUCCUGCAAUGCCCCCAACAUAUCUUCACUGUGGGGCUUUGUGGGAAAUUAAAAUGGCUGCUGACGCCACCCCCCCCAUGGCUGCUUUGAGGGCUGCUACUGCCCGCCACUACAACCAAGGCUCAGCACCAAAGGAGGGUUGUCGUUGGAGGGCACUUGGUCAGGGGCCUCUCAAACCUGAAGCUGGUCUAGGAAAUCCACCUGGCUUAUUCUACCUCAGCUCUGGAAGAGCAGUGAAGAUGAUGUUGUUUGUGAAGGCCUUCGGAGGAAGUUAGCAUUAUGAUUGCUGUUGGAUACUGAGAUACUUUAAAGGAGGGGUCAGCAACCUUUUUCAGCUGUGGGCCGGUCCACCGUCCCUCGGACCAUGUGGUGGGCCGGACUAUAUAUUGGGGGGGGGGGAGGAAUGAACGAAUUCCUAUGCCCCAGAAAUAACCCAGCCAUGCAUUUUAAAUAAAAGCACACAUUCUACUCAUGUAAAAACACGCGGAUUCCCAGACCGUCCUUGGGCCGGAUUGAGAAGGCUAUUGGACCACAUCCUGCCCACGGGCCUUAGGUUGCCUAUCCCUGCUUUAAAGGCUGUGUUGUUGCUUUCUUAUUUUGAAUGUUUUUAUAGCUGUUGUAAAAAAAGAAAUCAUGUUGUUUUAAAAAAUUGUAUGCCAUUGUGGGGGGUCCUUUGGGACUGAAAGUUAUGAGUAUGAUGUUAUCAUUUGCAUAUGAUGCCCGCCAGAUUAGUUCCUUUGCAGGAAACUCUUCUAAAGUUCAAGAUGAUUAUGUGCUCACCUCCGCCUCCUUCCAAAAUGAUAUGUUGUCCCUCUCCUAGGCCCUUCCCCAACUAAGCAGAGUGAUGGUUCUGUACACAACACAUUUGGGGGGACAAAUUCGCACAUUAAGAGCUCCUCUGGGAAACUAAGGGAGGUAUUUCCAUGGAAACACUUGUAUAGUAGCUCCUUGUGGUACCCAUAACAUGGCAGUAUUCUUGAGGUGUCUGAGAUGAGCUUGGUGCUGCUGCUGCUGCUCAGAAGUACUUCCCACAGCUUCCAUGGGUCUGUAACAUGAGAACUGAUAAUAGGUAUUGGGGCAUAAACAUGAAACAACCAGACAGUAACCAGCCUCAACUUUGAUUUAAUACCAUGCAAGAAAGUCUAGCAAAACUGGCAGUCAUGUUCCUAGUUCUCUUCUGUUUAGGCUGUGGUUUGGAUUUUUAAAGAGAGGAAGACGAUAUGUGGAAUUUCUAGGGCUCAGUUGGGCUUUCGUAUGAUAGCUCAGUUGCAUGAAAUGGCUAUCAUCAUGGAUAGGGCUUUGUAAUUUGAUGGAAACGGUUCUUGUCAGGGUCAGCAAGCUUAUCAAUUUGAACACUAGUCCCCCAGGUCCUAGUCCGACACUUUAACCCCUACACCACACUGACUGACCAGUGGGCUUGAUGUGGGCUGGGGGAUUGUUGAAAAGGACUUCGUUCCAUGUGUGUAGUGAGUCAAUCACAGCAAGCCUGUUGUUUCAGACAGCUUAAUUUCAUGUUGCUCCAGGGGUCGCCCAGACAACACUCAAACUUCCAACGUUGUCUUUGGGUUUUGCACAAUAGACUUCUUAGAAGAGUGUGUAAUACUGAUAUUAGGGGAAACUGCAAGGCUGAGUGGUGCAGCAAUAAAACAGCUAGCGCAUUUGUAGUUAAGCAGGGUCUGUUAUGGUUUCAGGUUGGAUGGGGGACUGUGUGUUGAGAUUCCUGCAUUACAGGGCAUUGGAUUAGAUGACCCCCGUUGGGGUCCCUUCCAACUCUUAUGAUUCUAUGACUCAGAAAAUGGUAAUUAGACACAGGAUCACUGAUUUGAAUCUUAAUGAAGGGACUAGAGGAGUUGUUGCACCCAAGGCACCAAAAUAAGAGGGUGAUUGCCAUGACAGUAUCUGUAGAGAAGGGAGUUGUGUCAGCUGCCCGUUCAUUGAAGCAGCAGAGAGUACAAGGGCUCGGUUUGUUCUUCCUCUUCUCUUUCUAAGACACAACCUCCCUUUUCACAUCUGCAUGUUGAACCGGUAUCAUUCAUUUUGUCACCAGGAUCCAAAGAAAUGUCUGCAUAGUUAUACAUGUGUCCAAAGGUGCAUGUGUUUCUCAUAGGACAGUCCUCCUUUGCCACAUGGUAAGCAACUUUUGGAAUUGGAGGGGAGACUCAAAAGCAUUUUGCACUAUGACAAAGAGGCAGGGGAAGGGGCCUAAAAUAUUUCCUUGGAGAGAUCAGAGCUCCUUGGGGGAGGCUUAAUCUAACUCUUCGGAGCCCAGUCUAACCGGCUGGUAGAGGAAAUUUCAUGGCAUAAUGAUAUGUACACUAUUUAUGAGUCUCUUGCUACGGCCAUAGUUGUCCAAAAGAUUCUCCCUGAGGCAAGGAGGAAGAUAGGUAGCUUAGAGACAUGUAGCAAAUAGUCACACUAGAAAUUUUUGACCAGUUGCCACCUGACUUGCUAGUUUUCAUCCUCUGCAGGCCAGUGAGUCUAGAUUUUUGUCCUCCUGGGUCACAAACCGGGAAGGAUGUCCGGACACUUUCAGAGCUAGUGUGAAAAGCAUGACAUUUGCUUCCUGUGUUACUUGCAUACAAUGGCAUAUGCUUGGUUUCCACGAUAUAUGCAUGUUGUAAAUCCCAGCUGCCUCUUGUGUAUAUCUGUGUUGUACACGAAGCUGAGAAUUUCAUAUGUUGUUCCUGCCUGCACAUUCUAAGUGUAUGGAUAAAAUGUUCCAUUUGCAAACUGUAAAACAUAACGUAAUGUGUGACAGGUAGCAAAAUGGAGGAGAGGAAGUGCUUUGGGGAGCUAGUGUCUCUAGUAUGGAACAACUCUGAUUCUGAAUGCACGCUGUUUAACUAAAAUGAUCAGAUUUCUGCCCCAUACUCCCAUCUUGAUCCUAAAUCAAGGCACAUUAAUUCCAGUAGGACUCACUCUCCAGUCUGAGAGUGGCUGUCUGAGCCAAAAGGUGAAUUCUGAAGAACAUCUCUUUGAAUACAAUGACCCUUUCUGGUAAGUACAUGCUUGUAGUGGAUGGUGUGGCGAAUUAGAGGCACUUAUCUGUCACCCCAGCAGCAGUACUAGAUUGGCUCAACCUGUGCAUUUGCACCAUUCUGACCUCACCAGCACCUACUAUGUCUCCCUUGCAGUAAGCAGCAGCAGUGCACGCCUCCAUUACACCAUGCUAUGCACUGCUGUGUGUGUGUCUAUUUGUAGGGCCUGGAACCGCUUGUUCCUGAGAAACUUGUAAAACCGAACAAAGUGCAUAUGUUUGGAAUCAACAGGAUUGAGAUGGGACCGGCUGAUGAUUCUUGCAGAAAUUUUUGGAGUCCUUCAUUGGCAAAUUUGAGUAGGGCCAUUGGCCAGGUGUUCAAGUGGAACAUGUUAUGGGAAGUUUGUGGCAGUCAGAUUUGUACGAGACAGAAUGCCUGUAAUUGUGUGUGUGAGGUGUGUGUGUGUGUGUGUGUGUGUGUAUAGGAAGGAUGGGAAUGUGCAAAGACAUCUCGGGGAUCCAUUGUAUCUUUGUGCACAGAUAACUACUCACUGCACCCCUUACAGGAUACUUGUCUGUGGGAGUUUGUGCACACUACAACACUGACAGCAAAUGCGGUACUUAUUUUUCUCUCUCUGUAGGAAUGAAGGGCAACCAUAGGAAUAUGUACAGGGGUUCAUCUGAGAACACCACCAAGGUGGAGCAAACCUACCCCCUGCCCCUGGUGCUCCUGGAGUCUGAGGGGCAGGCUUAGCCCUUUCAUCUCAACUGUGUACAGAUUGAGUUUCUUGAUCAUGUUAGCUGGAAUGGCGGACACACACACACUCAGUGUUCAGUCUUUGGAAAGGUCACACUGAUAUUUACAAUAUUUUAUAUAAAAGAAUUAAUAAAGGGAGAAAAUAAUAGGUCACAGUCAUGGCAGGAAUCCCAAUCUAAAUUAUCUAGGUGGGGCAGGAAAGUGUGUGUGAUGUUGGCAUGGGAGGUCAACCUAAAGCAAGAAAACUUAAAAAUUGCCCUCUUGGUCCACACAGACCUUACCCCACCUAUUCUCAUCCCAAAUAGCUUCCUUUCUUGUAUCACCUCCUCCCUGUAGUUUAUGUACACGCCUAAAUGAGAAGCUUGUGGCUUAUGGAAACCAUCCCCUGCUAUCUUCGUUGUUUGCAAGGUCACCAUUUGCUCAGAUCCCUCCAUAACCAUCAGCAUUUGACAAAUGAAACAUUGCUCCUGGUCCCCAUAUACACUUAAAUGGUUAAAGAUGGGGCUGUGGUUCCCAACCUCUUGAUCUUUAGAACUAUUUGAAGGGGCAAAAGAUGGUGGUGUCUUGUUUACCUUGUUCUCUGCCUGACAGAUUGCAUGUGACAGAUGCAAGCUAUCUAAGUGCCCAACAACUGGAAUAGAUGGUUCUUUCACAUCACAGCAAAUCAAUAGCCUCUCUUGACCCUCUUCCCCCACUUUGAAGAGUAUCUCACUAUCCCCACUGAGCGAAAUAUGCUCCCCACUAUGCAUAGAGGAACUACUCUGCUGCUGACUUGGCUGCAAGCUGUGUACACCUCCAUCCAGAUUGUUUCCUUUGCGCUAAUGAGUUUUUAAUCAUUGGAUUCUUGGCUGAGAAGCUGUUGAGUUCAAAGAACUCCUUUCAUUUUGUACAGGAGGAAAGUUGGCCUAGCUGGAGGCUGAAACUUUUUGGAAACUUAGCUGUUAUUCAAAAACAUUUGACUCUUUCCCCACCCCCUGCCCCAUUCCCCAACCAACGCACACUCUUCCCCUCCUCCUUAAUCCACCUGCUUCAGUGCCAUAUGUCUAAACCUGGAACAGCUCCAGUCCUGAAACAAUGGCCUUUGGUCUGACUUGGGCCUACUAGUAACAGUAAUAAAGGCAGACUCUGAAGGGAGAGAAAGAGAAUGUCUCUUGCAAACUGCUCGGAGUUUGGGCCAAUGGGUGCCUAAGUACCAAAAAAAUUCUAGAUAGAAGAUGGUCAUUCUAGCAUUGGGAGGAUGUUUUUAUUGAUCCAAAAAUUACCAUGUGAAUGGUGAGCCUGGAGGAUGUUUUCUUUCCUUUAGCAAUCAGCCUCUCUUGCUUGCUUGAACCAUCCUUUUAAAGACCUAACAAUGUGGUAGAUACAUCAUUUGUAGCAACUUCAGUUAAAUACCCUUCUAAGCUGAAGACUAGCUCCGUUUUAAUUUUGUUGAAUCAAGAGAGGAUUUCCAUCUUUUCUCUCCUUUGCCUCCUGCCCCUAAUCAUAUCCUUCCAUUCAGGUCCUCCUUUCCAGCCACCUCUGAAAAAUGCAAAUGGGGAUAUGUGGAUCCAAAAUCCUGCCUUUAUGCAAGAAAAUGCUUCUUUCACUGUCCAUUCUUUUCAUGUGCCUCAUAAUCUAGUAGUACCUUUUCAGCCAAGCUGUCCUCUGCUAGCUACUACGUUCUGGAGUCUCAUUAUGAAAUUAAAUAGUGUUUUGAAUUGCCUUGGGUGGGGGGAAAUGGGAAGAAUGUUUACUAGUCCCUUUGUGCAAUCUACUGGCCUGUAACCUUUUAUGAUGAUCAGCACUGCUUCACUUGCACAGUUGGAAGGGGAGAAAAGCAAUUGACUGGGAUUUUGCAUGCAUGGCUGAAUGAGGAUGAUAGCAGUACUUUAGGGUCUGAAAUUAGUGUCUGUUUUCAUUGAAGGAGAUUCUCACCAGGCUAUAUUUGGGAUAUAUAUAUAUAUAUAUAUAUAUAUCCAAUUCAAGCCUCCUGUCCUCUCAGACACAAAGGAUUCUGCCAUCUCUAUUAUGUUUUUCUGACUGCCUCCCCUUUCCAAAUCACCCUAAUCUCCAAAUACCAAGGAGCAAAACAGGGUUGCUUCAUCUAUAGAGGACAAAUGGAUGCCCACCAGAAUUUGCAAAGUGUCACAUAAUGCUAUUAGGUUUUUCCCCUCAGUGAAUUUGUGGCAAGAGAAACCCAUUUUACAAUAUGAAAAAUGCAAUGUUUGAAGAGGCCCACUCUCUUCUGUGUAUGUACCUUAACAAUGCUCUUGUCUUUUAUAUUGCUUUCUUGCAGAUAAGGCAAGGGACUUCUUUUCUUAUUUUUUGAUGGUAAAACCUGUAAAGUAGUAUUCAGCUAAGUUUUACUAAGAGUAGUCCUGUUGAAAUUUAUGGACUUCUCUUAGUCAUGUUCAUUAAUUUCAGUUGGUCUAUUCUGAGUGAAACUUAGUUAAAUACCAGAAUAUAUGGACACUCAGGAGCAUAGGGUUGGUUAACCAUGUGUAGUGUUUCUGUUGAUGUUAGCAAGUCUCCUUAUCCCCAUGUGAUGAAUGAAGGAGACAGAUUCUUCCAGUGCAUUGCAAGUGCUCUCUGUGGCAAUUGACUAUACAGUGGUACCUUGGUUCUCAAACUUAAUCAAUUCUGGAAGUCCGUUCCAAAACCAAAGCAUUCCCAAGCCAGGGCGCGCUUUCCCAUAGAAAGUAAUGCAAAAUGGAUUAAUCCGCUCCAGACUUUUAAAAACAACCCCUAAAACAGCAAUUUAACAUGAAUUUGACUAUCAAACGAGACCAUUGAUCCAUAAAAUGAAAGCAAUAAACAAUGUACUGCAGUCACACAAUCAAUCAGUAGCUGAACCGGGUUCCACACAGUCACAAAAACAAAACAAAAAGGCACAAAAACAAAAACGCAAAAUGAAUAGCAAAAACAGACAGAACUCAUCGUAACACUCAAAACGGAAGUGUGGCACUCAAAUCGGAAGCGUAACACUCAAAUUGGAGCACUUUUGGCUUCUGGAAAAAGUUCGCAAAGUGGAACACUUACUUUCAGGUUUGCAGCGUUUGGGUUCCAAGUUGUUAGAGUACCAAGGCGUUUGAGAACCAAGGUACCACGGUACAGGCAACGCUCCCAUUUACACAGAGGUUAUGGUCCGAGGCAUCACAGGCAUCAGUGAAAUCACAUAUAUUUGAAAUACCAUCAGAAAAGCCUGCAAACACUCCGUUCCACCCCCUGCCCCUUUUUGUGAUGUUUUUGGGUCAUUUCUGGAUGUGCUUGUGCAUGGUCCCACACAUACUGAAUGUGUGUAAAUGAGGGGUUUGCCUGAAUUGGACAAAACCUGGUAACCCAAAAAGCAGGGGAUGCAAGCAGAUGUAAGGCAAGCAAGUAAGCAGCUUUUAAAAAUUAAAAAUAAUGGAAUGAUAAGAGAGCUUUGUCUCUUUUAAAUAAAAUUAUGUUAACUUCAGUUCAGAAUCAUGAAAACUGGGCUUUGGGCCAUGUUUGUGUUUAAAUGAUCCCCUUCAGGUUGGAUAGAUCAGUUUAGCAGCUCAACUGCUGUUAUUCAAGGGAAAUCUUGUUUACAUACAGCUUGGAUUAUAGCAGUUGAACCUGUAUCCAUUAACAUUUACAUCUUUGGUUAGAUGUAAACAUCCAUGGAUAUAGGCGCAAGUGCUCUAAUCCAGGCUGUAAGAUUCCCCUUGAAUAACAACAGGUGUGAAGUAUAGGGAAAUUGCUCAUCACAGCGCAAGGGUGGUAGCAAAGGGUGAAAUCAGUCCUAUGCAAACUUAUUUGCAAUAAUAAAAAUCUAAACAAAAGAAUACUUAGAUCUGUCUUACCGUAAGAGAUUUUGAGUUUACCCAACAAGCAAAAACAUUCCUUUAGAGCAAGCUUUUGAUUCUGUUGCUGCUUAUUGUAUUGUAUGUGAGCAUGGCUCUUUCCCUUCUUGUUUUCUUUUUGCUUUUUCAAUAGCUUUACUUUGAUAGUUUAAUGGUUGGCUCCUUCCUGUUUUUCUGUUCUGUUUUAUAUUUGUAAGCCACUUUGACAAAUGCCUUUGUGGAAUGAAAUAAUAGGGCGUAUAUAUCAAAAUGCUCCUUUAAAAAAUCCUAAUGCAAAGGGCCCUCCUACCUUCAAAUUACUAGCCAACCAGGUGCAUUUCAACAGAAGCUCCUAUCAAACGAGGGAGGCUAGUGUUAAAGGAACUUGAACACAGUUUUCAAAUUACAGCAACCUCCCUAGGUGUAUUCAAGCAUUUGACUGAACAAGCAAAUGUGAAUCCAUGCAGUGUGAGAAACUGAGAUAUGAAAGCUAGGAGCUAAAUGGCACCUUAAUCCUAGGUUAUGGGCGCAACAAUGGAAUGUCUAGGCACGCCUUUUUUAUAACCAGAAUACAAAUCAGAAAAUGAAUGAACUGCAGCUAAAAUAUUAUGUUCAUUUUACACAUGGUCUAGUCCAGGGGUGAAGACAGGAGUGCCUGGCGUGCUCUGGUCCAUGGGGUCACGAAGAGUUGGACACGACUAAACGACUAAACAACAAACAACAGUCCAGGGGUCAGCAAACUUUUUCGGCAGCGGGCCGGUUCACUGUCCCUCAGACCUUUUGGGGGGCCAGACUAUAUUGGGAGGGGAAUGAACAAAUUCCUACGCCCCACAAAUAACCCAGAGAUGCAUUUUAAAUGAAAGGACACAUUCUACUCAUGUAAAAACACACUGAUUCCCAGACCCUCUGUGGGCCGGAUUUAGAAGGCGAUUGGGCUGGAUCCGGCCACCAGCCCAUAGUUUGCCUACCCAUGGCCUAGUCCUUCCCCUGCCCACUCCCUUAAUAUUCUUAAGAGGGUCUCUUCUCCAGUCUUCAGAAAGUAGCUGGAAGUGGGGAGGCAGAAAAAGGUCCUCCUUUCCUUCCACGCUGCAGUUUUAAUCUGAAAUCUUAGGCGCAGUACUGCACCUAGAGCUCAGAAACUGCUCACGCUAAAGAAUUUCCCUAUCGCAAAAUGCAUCUAGAACAAUGGGAGUUUCGAACGCUGAAUCCAUGGAUGGGAAUCAGAGAAUUGUAGAGUUGGAAGGGACCCUGAGGGUCUAGUUUAAUCCCUUACAAUGCAGAAUUCUCAACUAAAACUUUCGUGACAGAUGGCUAUCCUCUGCUUAAAAGCAGCAACUAUUGUGCAAGCUGCACCCCCAAACCCUGGCAGCUCAGCUCCCCACUUCCCCUCUGUUGAGCAAGGAAUGUCUAUUGGGGGCUUUUAUUCAUGUUUGCUUGAACAUAGGUAGAGCUCUCCAUGUUACUGGGGAUCCUGACAAAGCAGGGGCCCUGAUUGCAUGGGGCGUUCUACUUGCAUUCAGCCAAAUGCAAAGCUCCUGUAGACCUUCCUUGCUCAGAAUGUGAUUGAAACAAGGAUGUUGUAUGCAUUCCCUUGCUCUCCUGUGCGCAGUUUUAGCCCAUGUGUGCUUAGCAAGGGAGCCUGAGGGAGCCAUUUCCAGCAGGAAAUGUGGGAAGCAGAGAACCAGUGCAAAUUUGCAAGAAGUAAUUAAAGUGAGUGGGCAAAAUAGUUCCCCAAUGAUGCAAAAACAGGAGUGGAAUCCUAUAAGCUGUUCUGAAGAGGUAUGAAUCUAGUUACUAAACAGCUCAACUUAUGUGAAACACUUAGGUUUGGAUUCAGACUGUUAAAAUUAAUUGGACAACGACUCCAUUCCCACCUAUUUGAAUAAAAUUAAGUUCAACUAACUAUAUAAAAAGGUGGAGGAAACAACAGCCACACACUGCCUGGUAACCAUGUUGUUGCAUGUCCAGAUCUUGGGUGGUUGUGCUUUCACCUGAUCCAGAGCUCAUUUUAGUUUGAAAAGUAUAAUGAGAGUUUUAACUAAGACUGCAAGCCUAUGCACACUUACCUGGGAAUAAGCCCCAUUGAACACAGUGGAACUUACUUCUGAGUAAACAUGCACAGGACUACACAGUGCAACUCGGAACACUCAAGAUUUUAUGGGAAACUUAAAGAGCGGAUUCAGACAUUCUAACAGUAACAGUGAUUUGCACAAACCCUCUUGGUUGUUUAUCUCUAGUGUUGUGAACUCUUUGUCAGGCUCUUCUAGAUAACCAAACAAAGCAGGCGCUAAGUACUGUAAUUUGUGAGAAAGUGUGUCAUACCCUUCUAACAAGGGAUUUGCAAAAUAUUACCAGCUGUGGUAUUGACUCUUAUGAGAGACCACAGCGUCCAGCUAUAGCCUGUGGCAAUCUUACUGCCAUGUUUCAACUAGGGCAGGGGUCUGCAACCCGCGGCUCUGGAGCCGCAUGUGGCUCUUUUACACCUUUGCCGCGGCUCCGGGGUGGAUACUAGCAAGGGGAGGAGGCGCAUUGUGCGCCCCGACACUCCCCACUGUGGCAGGCGCUGUAUUGGCUGUGACGUCGCAUGGGGGCGGUGCGUGCGUUAGUCACGCACCGUCCCGACGUCACCUUCCUGCCUGCUGUCAGAUCGGAGGGCAGCGGCACGCAUGCUUUAAAUGUCGCAAUGGUUUUGCGGCUCCCAGGUUUUUUUUCUUCGGAAAUGGGUCCAAGUGGCUCUUUUUGUCUUAAAGGUUGCAGACCCCUGAACUAGGGAGUUAUAGCUCUUCUGAUUUACUGUGCUGGAAAUGUAUGGGUAGCUGAUGGUAGAACUAAUAUGGCUGGAGCUAUAAGUAGGGCUUUAGGGUCAUAGGAAUCCUAGUCUUUCCACACUUUUAUGUUUUCAGGGUUUUAUAUCAAUAUGCAGAUGACGAUUUGGAUUACUGAUUGUUUUGGAAUCCAGUCUUGGAACAUCUUCACAAGCAUUGAUGUUUCCAAAACAUUUUCUUGGUAGGAAAAUAUGUUUAUCCUGUAUUGACUCUAAUGAGAGACUCUUAGGUGUGAUCAACACAUAUGUGUCUGUUUUGCCAUUGAGCAAUGCAUAGUGGGAAGUUGUAAUGACUGGGGCUUCCUAAAAUAUGUGCAUGCAUCCAAUUAGACAUGUGUACACUCGUUGAACACACAUGGUGCACUCAUGGCAUAUUCGUAUGGUCACAUAUGAAGUGGUUCUUGGUUUCAGUGACUUGGGAAGCAUAUGUGUGAAGCCAAAGAAAGGUGCUGAUUUCAUCUAUUAGCCUAUCAUCUGGGUCAUUUAUGUUAAUUUUUGUUUUAAAUUUGACGUACAGGAGGCAACAGAGGCAGAGGAGAGAAAAAGAAUCCAGGAUAAACGAGCGAACAAUGUGUGUCAAUUUCUGUUGCACGUAUAUGGGCAGAGUUUCAUUGACAGGAAUGAAGAACCUGUGGUCCUCUAGAUAUUGAUGGACUGCAGUUUGCAUCAUGCCUGACCAUAGCCCAUGCUGGCUGGAGUUGAUGGGAGUUGGAAUCCAACAACAUGUAAGUCAGCCAAGAGUGAGUUUCAACCACUUAAAAUGCAAUAUUAGGUAAAGGUAAAGGGACCCCUGGCCAUUAGGUCCAGUCGUGACCAACUCUAGGGUUGCGGCGCUCAUCUCCCUUUAUUGGCCGAGGGAGCCGGCGUAUAGCUUCCGGGUCAUGUGGCCAGCAUGACUAAGCCGCUUCUGGCGAACCAGAGCAGCACACAGAAAUGCCGUUUACCUUCCCGCUGGAGUGCUACCUAUUUAUCUACUUGCACUUUGACGUGCUUUCGAACUGCUAGGUUGGCAGGAGCAGGGACCGAGCGACGGGAGCUCACCCCGUCGCGGGGAUUUGAACCACCGACCUUCUGAUUGGCAAGUCCUAGGCUCUGUGGUUUAACCCACAGCGCCACCAGCAUCCCCAAAAUGCAAUAUUAAAAAUAGCUUAAAACAAAUUACAGUCACAAGAACAGAUUGGGUCUGAAUAUUAUAUCUUGGGUGACAAAGGCCAGGGUAUAGAGACGUGUCUUUAGUCAAAGAAGAAAGAGACAGCAGGUAAUAGUUCAAAGCCAAGGUUUCAUAUGCCAGGAGAACUAAAAUUAUGCUCAUUGUCUAAAAGGAAAGGUCUUCACAAAACAGCAGGUGGCCAUCAAAGAGUGAGGGAAGUGGGACCCGCUCCCCCAGGAAAGGAUGUAAAGAGUCCUGGUGUGUGCGACCACAGGAAAGGUCCUCUCCUGCUGUCAACCAAAUACAUACCUGAUACCACAGGAAGGUCCUUUUGUUUCUGAAGGAACUGGGCUACAGCAUGCAGAUCCAGUUGACACAAGGGUGGCUUGCAGCACCGAAGGCUCCUAAACACAAUUUGUAGUGUUCAUGUGUUAGACACAAGUGACUGUGCAUCCACUUGGAGAAAAAGAAGAGAGCUCACGUCAUGGUACCAGGUCAUACUGAGAAACCUUUGGCAGGUAUUGGGGGGCGGAACACAUCACAGCAGGGUAAAAGUCCUUUUAGCCACCUUUCUCACUUGCAAAUAUAAGCAGCGGUAGAAGAGACACUGAAAAUUGCCCUGUCUUUUCAAAAGUCUCAGCAUGACCCUGAGCCCAGCAGGGCUGCCGGCAGUAAAAGAGACACCAAUCCACAGAAGAGAGCAAUCCCAGCUGAGCACUUAAAGUAAGUGUCACCUUUAAGGAAUACCAUUGCUUUUCAUGCUGUGCCAGAAAGAGCCCUUUUUUCUGAAUUGGAGUGGGGAGGAGGGUGAGACUGAUUAGUGGGGACAUGGACAAUAUGGCUCCUGGUGGUGGAAAGUCCUUAAAGGUUUACAACAUUGUUUGCUAGGUGUCCUUGCUUAUAACCAAGAAAUCCACCCAACUAGGAGACAAAGAGGAGGUUGGGGGCGGAAGAGCAGGAAUUUUGUCCUGCUUUGAUCUCCAGCACCUUGGGUGCAUGGACCUUGUCCCUAAAAUGCAGGCCCAUUUAGGAGUUACCUCUGCCUUCCAUCUUAUAGCGCCAUGGCUUGAAGCGAAGAGGCUCAAAGCAGCGCCUGUUCAAUGCUGGGUGUAGUGCAGAACUUGCCUUCUCGAUGUCUGUCUGUGGUUGCUUCUUUAAAGCUUCUAGCCCACAUGUUAGCAUGAAACAGUUUGUAUAUACGCAACUGCGUCUUCUUAGUCCCUCAAUCUUAAAUGGAAGGCAAGUACAGCAAGGGAGAGUAUUAUCAGAUCAAUAUGUCUAAAUACGUAGAGGGAAAACGUUCAAGUUGUGAUGUUUGGAAGUAAAAAAUACUGACAAGUUAUCAAAAAGUCUUUGCAAUAGUGGGAAUCUUCUUUGGCUCUUUCCCCACAGAGAGCUACAAUUCCCAGAGUUCCUUGGGAAGAGGAAUUGACUGUUAAACCACUUGGAGUUGUAGCUCUGUGAGGGAAGUAGGGGUCUCCUCACAACUCUUAGAAACGGCAGCUCCCAGGGUUCUUUGGGAGAAGCCGUGACUGUUUAAAGUCGUAUGAUACUGCUUUCAGGGAGAUGGGGUCUGUGUUGUCUGGCUAUAGGGCUUUGGUGCGUGCCCUUUGAGCCCCAGAGCCGUCCUUGGCUGUGGCAGCUGUGCAUCUUGAGGGGUUUGUCAGCAAAGUGCCAGUUUGCCAGGCCAGCACUGAACACCUCCACUUGCUCUCGCACCUCCCUCUCUUUUCCAUGCCCUGUUGCCGUGUGCUCCCCAUAACAAAUGCUUGACAUAAGGGCAGCUCUGUGCCUGCAGAGCAACUGUGCCUUGCCCACAUCCCUCUGCUUCGAACCGGGUGCCAGAUCAGGGCAGGUGUAGGAAGGGGCUGCCAAAGCUGUUUGCUGGAGAGAACAGACAGCAGGACACGCAGGGAUAAAAUAAGGGCGCACUGUGAGGAAUGGAGUGGUGCGGGGAACAGGUGCCUCAGGAGUCCGAGAGACACAAAGAGCCUCUUGUCUCUUGUCCAGAGCUGGAGAACAAAACAAAUGCCAUUCUUCCUAAACUUUUAGGGUGGGUCGAGUGUAACUGAAUGCCGGCAAACAAUGCAGAGGCAAAGUUUCCUCCUCUCUUGAAACUCUCUUGUUUUAUUACUCUGCAAUAAAAGAAAACUUGUUUUCUGCCCAAAUGGCAGAGCCCUUUCUUAGUUAUCUCCAAGGCACAAAAAUAAAGAUGGGGACUUUCCUCAGGAUGAACAGAUAGGAAUGAAUUAGGAGCCCGCACCCCCAGCUGGCAUUUAGUUACUCUGUUGGCAAACGGGAGGACGGGAAGAUAUGUAGGACCCUGUAUAUUUAUUUCCAAAAUAAUGAUAAUGACUAUAGUCUAAACCUUACUCUCUGACCGAGUGGUUCCUGACCUGAGAGCUAGAGAAUAUGGUUUGUGAUACAGUCCAAUUAGCUAGUGUUAUUAGAGAAGGAAGUAUGAGAGAUAACUGUUUUAUGGGGAAAUGGAGCUUAUUUCUCAAGUUCUGGAAUAACAAAGCUACAAGAUGCCACAGAAGCAUGUGCUGUAUUAAGUGCAUUGUAGUUGAGAUUCUGAGAAUAAUUCUGUGAACAACGUAAUAUCAGUAAUCAUAAUGGUAAAUGUAGGUCUUCCAUUGCCUUUGUUUUAGCAGAGAUCACAGAAAUAAUUUUUUUUUUAAGAUUCCAUUCUGAUUGUACUAUCUUUUAUAAAUGGGGGAAACCUCAAGUUCAGUAACUUGUUAUGUCUUUAUUGCUGCAAUUAAGUUUUUAAGGACAGUUGGUACGGUACACAAAUUAUAUGCCCCUGAUUAAGAGCAAGAAUUUAGCAUAUGUUGGUUUUGAUUGUUGUUGUAACCUAACCCUGGGACCUUAUGAUGAAGGGCAGGAAAGAAAAUCCCUGAAGAAAUUAAUAAUUUUGGAUCGUAAAUUCACAAUUGCAGGAUUGUUUUGAUUUUUGCAGGAUGCUUUUGUGUGGUGUCACCAUAGUACACUUACACACACACACCCCUCUAUUAGUGCCACUGAGCCAACCCCUGUGCUGGGAUUUUUUUACAUUAGCAUUGCAAACUACCUGACACAAAAAAAUGGCUUGUGUCUCAUAUGUGAAAAUGUCCUUAGAUUAGUAUUUGGCUAAUCUCACUGGCACCUAAGUGCUAGCAAAGGGCAGUCUCUUCCUCUUGCUCCACCACACCCUGUCCUGUCUGGAUGCAGUGUGAAAUGGCAUCAAACAAUUCUGGUUUCAAAGCUUGAAAGUGUUGGACUGAAAGGGGUCAGAGAGUGGAAGCUUCUGGUUGUAGCAGCACAUACCCUAUUCAUCUCCUAUCAGACAGACUUCUCAGAUCAUUAAGAUACCCUGUCCAGAUGCCAAAUGAGGUUUUGUUUUGUUUUGUUUUAUCAUUUUAUUGCUUGUUGUUUGCCACCCUGGACUCCUUUGUGAGGAAGGGUGGGGAUAUAAAUUUCAGAAUAAAUUAAUAUUCAGCUGGGAGAGGCACCAUGAUAUUAUUGAAUGAAAACAUGGUGUAUUGGCCCUGGGCAGUCCUUAAAAGAGAGCAGUCAUCUUAAGCAGUAGCUGACGGGCUAUAUUCGAACUUUGCAAGGGAGACUGCAAUGACACCGAGCAGACUGGGGAAAGCUACUCUGUGCACCCUCAGAGCUGUGCAUAUCUGUAGGACUGGGACCCCCAUCACUUAUUUUGGUGAGCCAGGUGCAAAGGACUUACACCUCUGUGAAAAUUCAGGCAAGGGGACAAAAUAAUCUCAUCUCUCCUACUGUUUUGCCCAUCGUUCUAGGGGUUCUCUGGACCCACUCAAGCAAAUUGGAAGAUGGCGAGCAGGGUGCAAGGGGGAAGAAGAGAGGAAAUUAUUUUGCACUCAUGGGACUCAUUUUUCUGGCUUCGGCUAGUGCAACAACUUAGCUGAAUCCAGCCCAGAAUGUUUAAUUGGAGUACUUAAUAACCCCUGCAUCCCCCCUCCCCUUGUUUUUUCCAGUUUGAUGGCUAGUCACUAGUUGCUGUGAGAAAGGAGGACUGCGAUUCCAUCUGUGAAACUGAUAGAAUUUGUGUGAAGGCUGCUACACAUAUUACACGUAUAUGAGACUCUUGAUAGACUGCAUCUGUCAGGAAUCCCUGGAACACAAUAGCUUCUGGAGAUGCUCAGCAAUAGGUGGAGCUGUGCGCUCUGAUCUUGUCUUGUAUUCAGAUCCUUUUGAUGAGAAGGCUGUUGGAAGACUAAUUUUGACCUGAAUGCUUAACUUCACAGCAUCUUAGGGUGCUUACCUGUGGAGUUGAAAAUGGAGCAGGGGCAUAAAUUGUGGGUCCUCAAAGCAGCAGCCACAGCCAAGCACAUAUUUCUCAAAAGUUGGAAGGCUUUCAGCUCCUCAGAGAAAUGAACUUAUUAGACCUAGCAGUUAAAGAACAAUUGCCUUGAGUCACCAGUACAAAUAUGCAACAUUUUGGCUCCAUUCCUAAAACUAUAUGGUAACUAGCUCGUGGCAGCGAAAAUGCAAACUAAUUAAGCUGGUUCAUGUUUUGCUGUCUUUCCCCCACUUCCCCCUCCUCUUUUCAUAUCUAUCUUGGACAUAGAGUGUGGGAAUGUCUUAGAGGAGGCACUGAAAAAGCUGUAUAAAUAUUAAUAAUCUUAGCUUAUAUAUAAUUACAUGAGGUUUGGUUGGAGGGGCUGGGAGGGCUGUUUGGUUGCUGUGUUAUUUUUGUAACUUUGCAAAAAUUGAUACAAUCUUAAUAGAAAAAAGGAGAAAGUAAAGCACUUUGCACACUAAGAGAAAGUCCAUGCAAUCACAUUUGCAGGUGAUCUGUUCUCUGAAUCAGAGUACUAUACAUUCUAGUCUGUGGAAUAGCAGCAGGAUCGAUACAACAGAAAUGUAUUAUUAUAAUAAAUGUAUUAUUUACUUACUUACUUACUUACUUACUUACCCUGUCCAUCUGGGCUGGGUUACCCCAGCUACUCUGGGCUCUUCCAACACAUAUAGAAACCUAAUAAAACAUCAAAUAUUAAAAACUUUCUUUUAAAAAAAAAAUAUAUAUUUAUUACUUUUCCAAAAAAUUUAAACACUAAAAGAAAAGAAAGAACACAUACAAUACAAUACAUUAAACUGACAAAACAAUGCAACAACAAUAAAAUAAAUCAAAUUUCAUUCAAUAUCUUAUAUUUCAUUCACUUAUUUCCAGCGACUUCCUCACACCUCCCUUUUGUAUUCCACUUCUAUUAUUUGUUUCAGCAAUUCCUUUCCAUCUUACUCUGUUUUCUGUUCUAUAAUUAUCUUAACACAUUCUUACCAUACUUUUCCUUUAAUUUUCUAUUAAUCUAUUUCUACUUAAUUCCUUAUGACAUUUCUACUAAAGCCAUGUAAUUUCAUUCCAACAUUUUUCUAACAUUCCUUAAUUUUACAAUAUUUCUAUAAAUAGUCUUUAAACCUUUUCCAGUCUUCUUCCACCAACUCUUCACCCUGGUCUUGGAUCUUGCCAGUCAUUUCCGCCAAUUCCUUAUAGUCCAUCAACUUCAUCUGCCAUUGUCCAACAUUUCAGUGUUUUCAAGAAGCAACCAUUCUUCAACCAGCAAAAAGCAGAUGGUUCACAACAAAGUUUAAAGGUCUGGCAGGGCAGGUCCACCUCCUUCUUUAGCAUCCAUCAAUAUCUUAAGCUUAACUCGAGGCUUCCUGCCCUGCCAAACAACUCUAGGAGCAUCCCUCUGCCACCUCCUGAGACCCUCCAUCCCAUCCAGAGCUUGCAAUGUUUGAAACAACAGCAACAUCCCCAGCAACACAGCAGCCCCCAUCCUCGCCACAACAACUCGGCCCAACAGUAACAACUUCUGAUUUGUCCAUAUUUCCAAAUUCCCCUUCUCUUCAAUCCAACAUCCUUCACAGUUGUCCUUAAGCAGAUUCACAUUUUUGGUGGUCAUACUAACCCCCAAAUACCUCUCUUUCUCAACCAAUGUUAGUCCUGUCACCUCCUGAAACUCUGUCAGGCUUUCCUUCUCCAACUCAGACAGGGCUCUGGUCCCCAAAUUCAUCCGCUCUUCUUUAAGUUCAAUCAUAACGAAUGUCAGCUUAUGUUCAUCAAGUUGUCUUUGUAUGGAUGGGAUUCUCCUCUCCAGUUGUACCACCUUAAGUUCAGCAGCAAGGGUUUUUUCCCUGACUUCAUCUGCAGUUUGCCGUAUCAGAGUAGAUUCCUGUAUCAGUUUCUGGGUGGUUUCUGAAUCGGUAUCCAGCUUUUGUCCCAACUUAUUUAAACCUUCUGCAAUUAAAUCAGUCUCAAUAUUUGCAACAUCCAAUUUCACAUUCCUCGCAUCUGUUUUCUUAUGGAGUUGUUCCAGCGAAUCGUUUAUCUUCAAUAAUGCAGCCACUAAGGCCUCCUCUGUCGACAUCCCGUCUGUUUUUUCCCUUCCGUUUGCCAUAACACUUAAGAGAUUCAAGGUCAAUCCAAAGUCUCACACUUUCCUUAUCUUGCAGCUGGAAAUUCCCCUAGCCCCGCUCCUAUAGAGUAACCAAUUUCAAAAGCUUCCGCUAGGGGAAAACAGGUUGUAUUUGUAUCGGUCAAUAUGUCCUCUUUUAAACACAAUUUCAAUAAUCCGAAGUUAGUUUCAAUUUUCAGUUACUUUCCUCCUUUUUUAAAAACAGCCGGAAACAGUAGAAACAAUGUAUUUCUCUUGCUUAGCUAGCUGUCAAUGAACGUUCUAAGCUCUGUCAAUGAACAUUCCAAAGAAAAGAGGGGAAAAAAAUCAGUCUUACUAGCAGCCCGUUUCCAGGGUCAGAGCGGCGGUGGUUUUUUUUUUAAAUGAUAUUUAUUAAAAGUUUAAGAAUUACAGAAAAAAGAGAAAAAGAAAACAACAAAAAAUUUGACAAAGCAUACAUUACAAUACAUAAAAAGAAAAGCAUAAAAAACAAUACAACAAUACAGCAAAAACAACAACAAUAACAUUAAAACACACAUCCAAUGUUCCAUAUCUUUAUCUUUCAUUUACUUGUUUCAUCGACCUCCUCACACCUCCCUUUUUGUAUUCUAAUUUAAUUAAUUGUUUCAGCAAGUUCUUUCCAUCUUUCUCAAUUUUUGUUAUAUAAUUUAUCUUAACGAUCUAAACUUUUAAUUAACUCAACAAAUCCUUUCCAUCUUUCACUAUUUUCUGUCAUUCAAUUUACCUUAAUUUAUUUAACCUUAUCUUACCAUAAAAAAAAACCUUAAAACUUAAAACUUAAUGUACAUAACUCCUUAUAUCAUUUCUACUAAAGCCAAAUAGUUUCAUUCCAACAUUUUUCCUAAUACUCGUUAAUUUUACACUAAUUCUCAAAAUAAUUUUUUUUAAAACUUUCUUCCAAUCUUCAUCCAACGUCUCUUCUUCCUGGUCUCGGGUUUUGUCAGUCCUUCUUGUCCAUUCCAUCUAGUCCAUCAACCUGGUGAUCUUAUGUCCGAGGCUCUUAAGCCUUUUCCAUGUCCCUUCUGCAGAUCUUCUUCUUGUUUAUACCUGCACUUUACUUUGUCUUUUGUUGAUCUUUUUCUUAAUUUCUUUCCUUUCUCAUUGGGGGGUAGGUCUCGGGAGGACCCCAAUCCAAAAAAAAUCUCCAUCUCUCCUCAGCAGAUCAGCCCAUUCCCCACAGUCCCAUUCCCCACAGUCAACACUAUAAUCCAGGAAGUAUUUAAAAGCAUGUUUCAAAGUCCUUCCAAAAUUAAGAGCCCUCACAACUCCAGACCCCCCUGGUCCACUCCAGAUUCAAACUUCAAGAACAGCGGCUUAUGCUCCUGCAAGGCCUCGGAUCUCUCCAUUUGUGUUACUUGAGGUUCAACAGCAACCUCCUCCAUUAUCUUCUGCACUUGCGCUUGCCCUGUCAAAACAAGUUCCUGGGCUGGUUCCUGAAUGGUUUCUAUAUGGGUAUUCGCCGUUUGUCCAAAGUUUUUAACUGCAACAGUCGUCAAAUCCAUCUUCUCAUGCAUCUGCUCCAGCAAAGCGCUUGUCUUGCAAAAAGCAAGCACCAAAACUUCUUCUAAACACAUUUUUAUUCAAGGUCAGAGUCUGGUCUCACGAUCCUAAUCUUACAGCUGUGAAAUCCCCAGAUCGACUCCGGCAACAAAUUAACAAGCUCCCUCUAGAGGAGACAAUUUCUAUUUGUAUCCAUCUUUUGAAAGCAGGACCAACAAAAGAAAAUUACUUUCAUUUUUCAAAUACUUUGUUUCUUUUGAAUGCAAGAAGCAACAUUGGAGUCAAUUUGUUUCACUUUUUUUACUGUCUGUCAAAAGACGUUCCAUUCACAGUCGAUGAACUUCCCAUAAAUUUCUGUCUCUGACUCUCGGUUCCGAGGUUUUAGACGGUGGAAAUUUAUCUUUCUUUACUCUCUCUCCUGCAGGCUUAAACAGUCAAAAAUUCCCCCCCUUUUCUCCUGCUUCCAAGAGGGGUUUUGGUGGUAAUAAUUGAAGGAAAUUUAGACCUUUAUAUACGACUUUCCAGACUUUAGCUUACAAAGUUUUUGCUUCAAUCUAUUUACAAAAACAGGAGGCGGACUUCCUGUUUAGAGCCUUCCCGCUUCAGUGCCAAAUUAAAAUGUUUCUUAAUCCAAUUUUCCGUUCUACUCACGGGUACUUGUUUAGAGUCCAAUUGUCCACAGGAAAAAGUCAGCGCUCUCCGGCAACGGCUAUGCGGCUUCACUCCGUAAAAGUAGCGGUUGAUUCAAAACACCGCGCCACUCACCCCACGUCGCUUCGGAUCCCCGAAAAAGGGUUUCCCUGCGAGUAGGGGAGGCGCUCCUGGUGUUAGCCAAAUCCCACGUUCCCAGGCUUCCUCCGCCUCGGAUUUUUAGAGGGUCUCCACCUUCGCCGCGGCGGCAAGACCCGAUUUUCACGGAGCGGGUUCCUCUUGGUCAGAGGAACUCCGCCAUUGCCGAUGGCGCUAACCCGGAAGUCUCCAGAGCGGCGGUGUUUUAAGCCUCUUCGCUCUCUCCCGCAGGCAUACUCAUUCCACAACUUCCCCCUCUCUUCUCCUGCCUCCAAGAGGGGGUUUAAUGUUCUUUAACGUUGGAAAUUUGAUCUUUUACAAAAGACCUUCCAAGACUCCAGCUUGCAACUUCAUUGCCUCAGUCUAUUUACAAAAAGGGAAGGCGGACUUCCUGUUUUGAACCUCCCUGUUACGAUACCAAAUUAAACUUUUAGAGAUCCAAUUCUUCCAUUUCAGCUCUACUCACAGGUAAUUCCUUUAAAGUCAAAUUGUCCACAGGAAAAGGUCAGCGCUCUCCGGCAACAGCUGUGCGGCUUCGCUCCGUGGAAGAAGCAGACGAUUCGAUGCACUGCGCCGCUCAUCCCACGUUGCUCCGGAGCCCCAAAAACCGGGGUUCCCCGCGAGUGGGGGAGGCGCAAAAGGUGCCCGCCGAAUCCCACAUUCACAGGCUUCUCCCGCCUGUGAUUUUAACGGGUCUCCACCUUCGCCGUGGCGGCCAGACCCAGAUUUCCACGGAGCAGAUUCCUCCCGGUCAGAGGAAUUCUGCCAUUGCUGGAGGCGCCUCCCCCGGAAGUCUCAAAUAUUAAAAAAAUUCUGAUACUGAGCUGCAUUCAGAUGAACUACCAUUCCCUGCAACUUAUUUAAUGAGAUACUUCCUUUUGUGUUUGCAGGAAGUAUCUUAUUAAUGCACAAUCUUUAAUAAAUUAGCUUCUAGAAUCCAGAUUGUAGUGGGCCCUAAGGUGUGUGGUGAAGUGCCACUGGACUAAUUUGCUAGAUAUUGUUUAGACAUUGAACUGAUAUUCUUUUCAGUUCAGUGCAUGCACUUCCCGUGAUAACAAAGGCAGCUGUUGCUUCAGAACAGUUGCAUGUCCUAGGAAGCCACACUUGCUUUCUUACAUGGAGGAGAGAGGUUGAGAGGAGUUCAUAAACGGCAAUGCAAGGGAGAACAGAAAACAGGGAAAACAAAAUAGGUCAGCAAUUGAGGUGCUGUUCUGAGUACAGUGGUACCUCGGGUUAAGCACUUAAUUCGUUCCAGAGGUCCGUUCUUAACCUGAAACUGUUCUUAACCUGAAGCACCACUUUAGUUAAUGGGGCCUCCUGCUGCCGCCGCACCGCCAGAGCACGAUUUCUGUUCUCAUCCUGAAGCAAAGUUCUUAACCUGAGGUAAUAUUUCUGGGUUAGCGGAGUCUGUAACCUGAAGCGUAUGUAACCUGAAGCAUAUGUAACAUGAGGUACCACUGUAUAUCCAGAUAAAAAUUCUGAGCAAAAUUGGAACUUUUAAGUCAGCUCUGCGAUGUUGAUAAACAGUGAUGUGGUCUUGAUACUUAGAAUUGGUUGGGAGGCUUCAUAUUGGCACACAUUGAUAUGAUGCUAGAGCACUGAUUUCAUACAAAGAUAAGGAGAGUCGAGAUGGUCGUGUCAUCAGCUCAAAGAACUGCAUUACAUCAGUUUUAUUUGGAAGAUGGAAAAAAAGUGAUCUGGGGGAUGGGAAGGGAAAGUCUGUUACAAAGGGACUUCCUCGUUGCUUUCCCAUACACGUAGAUAGGAGCAAGCCAGAGUGAUUUGAAUGAGAGAGCCAUGUAGAGCUCUGGUCUUAAGUUGCUGGUUAGUGAUGAGGCUCACUGCGUUGACUGUUCCUCAUAAGGAUGUUGGGAAGAUAAAAGUGGCAUAAGCUCAGGUAUGUCACCCAGAGCUCCAUGGUGGAGUGCUGAGCGGAAAGGACGAAUGAAAAGCUUGCAGUAAAUAUACUAGUGGGGAUUUAAUUUUAGGUUUUUUUCUUCGGUUUCAGCUGAAGAAAUGACAGGAAGCAUCUUUUGCUUUGAGUCAGUUCCUGUUGGUCUUCAAAUAUGUGUGUUUAAAUGUGUGUGCGCGUCUAUCCUCUGACAUUUAAUAUAACGUGGAGCCGCUUCUGACAUUGCUGGUAAGUUAUGUUGUUAGAUUGUCAAAUGGGCACAGCAGCUGGGGCAGUCAUUAGUAUCAAUGCUGAAUUUAUAUUGAGUCAGUUGGAGGGUAGUGGGAUGUCGGAUUGCAGCUGCUGAGGGCAAGGUUGGUUUUUAGGUUCCUUUUUAUCCUUCUCGGCUCCUAGCUAAGCACUUCAAUAGAAGAAUAUUUCUGUUCUUUGCAAAGUGCUUUGCAGUGUUUCUGGUGCCUAAAAAAGGCACAAAGGGAUAUUGGAGAAAUUAUUGUAAGUACAAAUAAGCAUGUGCCUAAAAAAUUUUUUUUUAGUAACCUCUCUUAGUCCACAUGGAAACACUGUGGUCAUCUCUAGAUGUGGCAGUGGAUCUUUAUCCCACUUUAUCCCAUCUGUCCCUCUCCAGCAGUGAUUCAUGCUUACAUCAAAAUUGGUCAUUUUGUAUUUUCUUGGUCCUACUAUAAAAUUUAUAGAACAUCCCUCUAUUACUGAAUUUAGGGACUAGUAAUAAUUGACUCAAAGCAAGACUUUUUGUACACAGAAAGUAUGGGGUACUUUUGAUUGUUCUGUAAUUUCUCAACCUCAUCGCUCCUUGUAAUAGCCAACUCAGGUGGUAGACGCCAACAGGAUAGGAGCCAAAAUGGAGCCACUGAGAAACCACGGGGAACCCUGGGGUUUGCAGAAGUGUGAAAAUAUAUAAUAAAAUCCCCUAAAGUGACAGCCCCCACUCCAAAUAACACCCCAGUGAGGUUUGAGCAUGCCCAUUAGCUGUAGACUGUUAAGAGCCAGCUGAAAAAGGAAAGUUUCUCCUGCAAGUUCCAAAGACUUGGAACAACUCAAAGCAGCGAGUUUAAUGUGGCUGCCCCUGUUGUGGAAUUCCAUUCCGAUAUGACAGGCACCCACUAUCUGCAAGUGGGUGACAUUUUUGUUCCUGCAGGCUUUCCCCUCUGGGUAUAUGGGUCUUUGCUGUGAAGGUCUAUCUUGUAUUGUUUUGAUCUUGCUUUAAAUGUAUCUGCUGUUUGUUGCUUUUAAAUAUUGUUUUUCUGUUUCUAUUGUAUAUCACCUUGAUAUUGUGUAGAAGGCAAUGAAUAAAUUGAUGAUGAAGAUGCAUUGUGCUAUUUGGAAGCAGGUUCCAUUUAAUACUUUGGAAUGUCUGAACCUCACUAUAUUUUUUCCCUCUGAGAAACUCUCAACUUUCUCUUGCUUCUUUGGAGCUGUCCCAAGCAAUUCUCCCAUGCAUACUGAUCACUUGCAUCAGCAAGUGUUGAUAUAUGUGUGUGGAUGAGCCAUCACACAUCAAACAGACAGAUCUUUCAUAUCACCUCACAGUGCCUUGCAGUUGAGUCAGUUCACACAUUCAGCUGUGAAACAUCACAUUUUGCAUAGUCAAACGUGCUUAAAUCAACAAGCCUAGCUCAUGAUUUGCCCAAAUCAGUGUAUCUGACAUGAUCUCUCUCUGUCCUUAUUAAUUGACUGUACCUAUGAUUGAGCAACCAGAUAUUAGAAACAGAAGAAACCCAGAGUAUCAUCUUUUCUAGAGGGUUGCAGCAAAAACAACCAUAAAAGACUAAUGUGUGUAGUCUGGCACAAGCAUUUGCAACUAGAGUCCACUUCACCAGGAAGCAUGACUUGUGAUCCUAACUUGGCAAUCAUAUAUACAUACACAUGGUUUGGGGGAUGGUAGGAGUGAGGUCAGAAGAAAAUGAAAUGCAUGAAGAACAGAUAGUGACAAUUACAUGUAAGCAAAAUAUUUACUUUCUUGAUUAACAAUAUUGAUGAUAUCACAAAAAUCUUGGACAGUUUGAUAUUGAAGUAAUCAUCUCUUCAGGUAUCCAGGUCCAAAUCUUGCAGGACUUUAAAAGUAUGCACCAUCACUUUAAAUUUUACUUGGCUGGUAACCAGUGAAUAUGUUUAAAAACAGAUACAAUACAUUCCCAUCAAGUGGUUCCAGCCAGCUAUAUUGUGACUGUAUUUUGAACUGGUUGAGGUGUCUGAACAGUCUUCUAAGGCAGUCCCACGUACAACACAUUGUAAUAAUAAAUGAACACUCUUAUGCAAAUGUGCUACCAUGAUGUGUUCAUUUUGCAAGAUCACUGUUGUUUGUGUAGAAUGUAUGUGAUGUAGAAUAUUUUUUAAAGCAUAAGAGUGCAUACGCCACUGUUAAACUAGCGUAUUUGGCACAGGGCUCUGGGAAUGAACCAAAAUCUCUGUAAUUGUCAACCUUCACGGUUGUCCUCUUUGCUAUCUCCAGGUUUUCUUGGAGCUGAACGCACAGAGUAGCAGGGCUGUGUUAGUAGAUGCGUGGUAAGAAUUUCACCUGAUGGGUAGCUUCAGGCACCCAAAUUCCCACACUCUUGAUUAGAAAGACUCUUGCCUACCUUAAGGGGGGAUGAAAAUCAUGCUUAGCGUAAUUGCUUUCUUACUGCCAUAAGGGGCCUGGGUUCUUAGCUCCUUCAUAAACAAUAGAUUUUCCUAUGUCUUUUUUAAAAAAAAUGACUGGAAUCAGGUAACUUUAAAUACAAACUGUUAAUUAAAAUCUGUUGCAGAGUUAGCAGGAAUACCAACUAGUUCUAUGCAAGGAUGCUAGUACCAAACAGAAGGCAAGCCAUAUCUAUAAAAGGAGGGAUUGUAUCAACAGCUAUUCUCUUAGCUGUUGCACACUGUCAUCAAAUGAUCAUCUGCAGAGGGCUAGUGCCAUCAUGUUCAUUUAUACGAGUUGGCGAUCUGGUCUGUUCAUGCAUUGAUGGUCUGUUUAAGGGGGUAUUGCAAAUCCAAGGGGAGAAAAAUAGAGCACAAAACCCAUGUUGGUUUUGUCUGUUGGUUCUUCUGUAGUGCACUCAUUCUUGUCAAGGCAAACCUUUAUGAACUGAAGCCUCUGUUUACAAUAUGGACAUUGUGAGCAGUCUGCCUUUGUACUACGUUUGGUGUGAAUAGAAUCCAGUGUAUUAAAUUUUUUCAUAUAUAUGGGCCUAAAUAUGAUUUAGCUAUACACUGUGUAGCAUAGGGGAUUUCUAUUCUACUCAUAUUUUGGCUGUUAACCUUCAAACCAUUUACUCCUAAUAACCCACCUAAAAUUACACCUACAUCCGAGGCACAGGAGCCUUGAUGAAGCAACGAGUUGGCAACCCCAGGCAUCUCUCUUUGUCUUUCAGGAUCCAUCCCACCCCAGACACUGCCCAAUAAACACCCAACACCAUGCUACAUGUGUCUUUCCCAGCAGUUGGAAUACCACUUCAGAACCCUUCCCCAGCUGAAUUUGUGUCAGUAUGGGCAUCUAGAGGAUUUUUUUUUCUGCAGAGAGGGGCAAAGUAAAACACUGAAAGUGAGGAAUAGGCUAGUUUCUUACUAAGAAAAAACUUAGAAGCAAAAAACUUUGCUUUUGCUUUUUGCUUUUGAAUUGUUAUUUGUUUUUUCCUUCUUUUUUCUCUUUGUUUUUUUUGUAAUCUUAAAAUCUUCAAUAAAUAUUAUUCAAAAAAAAGAAAAGAAAAAAGAAAAAACUUAGAAGAACAGUGCCUGUACAUUUUGCUUCAUGUGUCAGGUUCUACAAAUGCUUGAGCUUAUUCAAAUCUAAGCACUCUUGGAAGAAUCUGAUUUUCUAGAUCCAUUUCAGAUCUGGUUUUGGCACAGAUACUACUACUACCACUAAUAAUAAUAAUAAUAAUAUGAAGGCUGGGGAUCUGUGAAUUAUAGUUUACUGGUGGGGGCACCCCCCUUCAUGGACACCUAUGGACUUCAUUGUUCUGGCAUUACUCAUAUCCAACGUGCUGCAACACCGCUUGCGUUUUACUCCACCUACUUCUUUUGUGGGUGACAGGCACAAUUUCAGGAAGGGACUUGGCCUGGGACACCCCACUGCAAGCCUGAGUGUUCCUUCCUUGUCAUGGGACAGCUUCCCUUGCUCAGCCCUUUCCUCUCCCUCAGCUGGAGUGGGAAGGCAGCUGGUAUUGAAGCCAAAGAGGCUGGUGAAUACUGGACCCAAAGGGUUUUUAUUAUGGGACGGGCAGUGUAAGAUAAGCUGGUCUCUGUGCAGUUGGAGGCACAAAAAGCAAACUGUCCCCUCCCAAAGUGAUUCUCCAGUCAUGGCCAAAUUCAUAGAGGAAGGUGGUUUUGCUGCCACUGCUGUUUUUUUUAGAAAUAAUCCUGUCACAACUUAAUCAUGCAAAGGAAGGUAGUAAUUUUGUGCCCAUUCUUCACUGAGAAAACUUUAUUGAUCUUGUUCCAUGCAGAUCCAUUUGCGGUACCAUUAACAGACUUGAAGCCAUCAAAAUUGGAAGGUACAUUGCAAUGAUACACAAUGGCAGCCACCCUGCCUCUUUCGUUUCAGACUUUCAAAUCCACACAUGGCUAUGCCAUAGGUUCCUUGAGAUUUCACCCUAUCCAAGAAGGUGCCAUUUCCAGAUGUGAGGCCUGCAAAUGUUCACAUGCUGCCAGUCCCAGGGUGGCUAUUUUUUGUUACUGGCACAGGAUAAACAGGAGAGAUAGAUUUUAGCCAGGAAGGGUGGCAGUACAGGGAGGGAGAAUAGCAGGAUGUGUGCCACAAAGAAAUAACAAUGGAAGUAGAAAGAAGUUGUGCAGCCGCUGUUGAGAGAGUCUGGCGCCAUAGCAAGAUUUCAGUUUUUUGGGCUUACAGAUAAAUUCACCCAGCUUUGAUUAUUCUCAGUGGUUAUUGUAUAUUCACUCAAAGCCCAAAUUUUUAUGAGAUAACUCUUCCCCCCACCCACCGCCCCAUGAUGUAUAAGUCAGGAUGUUAAGAGUAAGAUUUAGACGUUUGUGAUGACAUUACCCUUUCAGUGAAGCAUAGACUGAUCUCUCUGUAGGGGCUGUUGCUAAGCAGCAGUGAAGCACCCAGGAUCCUGAGUCAGCUCAGCAUUGUAACUAAAGAAGUGACCAGCAUCACACUUCCCGAGUUAGGUUAAGAGAUAGCUCAGAGCUGCUUCUGAUGGGUCUGUUUAUCACAUCACAAUUAAUAGGUCCCUGAUAAAUUGACACAUAUGGUCCCGAAAAUGCAAGUGAAUUUACCUGACUGUUGAAUGUGGCCAUAAUCUGUGUUGACAUAACUUCAGAAUGCAGCUAUGAUGCAGUGUCCUCAUGUAAUUCUCAUCUGAACUACACAUAGUUAUUUCCUAAUGUUUAGGAAAUCAUGUACCUCCUCCUGCCUCAAAGCUAACAUACGGUAAUUCACUGAACACCAGAGUGCUGCUGUUGAAGACAAGACACUUGGAUUUGUUUAGUUGAGGAUGCAGUGGUGAACGGGAACAUAACUUGGGGACAGAGCAUGCGAAUACUUGGCCUGCAGGGGACCGUAGGUUCAGAUCCUGGCAUCUCCCUUUGAAAAGGGUCUCAAGGUGCACAGCUAGCAGAGACCCCCACCUGGGACCUUGAAAGGACAGCUAUGGCCAGUUGAGAUAGACACUAUUGGGUUAGAUGAACUAAUGGUUUGAUUUAGUAUAAGGCAGCUUCUUGUAAUCAGAUGGAGAAGUCACAGACUUCUCUUAAGCCUCACCAUCCAGUCUCUGUGAAAAGGGAAUGACAAAAAAUAAUAAUAGAUCACUUGUCAUCAGGAUGAAAGAAAAGGUAAGCUUACCCCCAAACAUUUUACAUGCAAAUGCUACAUAAACGAGCACCCUUUGGUGAAAAGGUGAGAUGCAAAUUAACAAAUAACAAUUGCUUCAUAACUUUAAAAAGUCAUUGCUUUGUAGGCUUAACUAUUUUAUCAUACGGGGUGUUUCAUUACCCGCAUCAGUGCCAAUCUUUCUUUGAAUCUUGCUGAAAUUCUUGGCCUCUGCCACAUCCCUUCUCUUUGUCUUGUACAUUCGAAGACUUCAAGCUUUGCUUAGCCCUCCCACCCAGUGCAAGAAAAGGAAACAUUAAAAGGAAAGCCCUAUUACAGGAAGACAUUUUCCAUGUCCCAGGCCAAUUGUUCCGGUUCCCAUUGUUUGCACUUCAGAGCGCCCUCCCCUUGAGGUAACUACCUGAGACUAUUAGAAUGGGGAACAGGCCCAGUGCUGGAACAAGCCUUGUAACAAGAUAACUGGCUGUAUUUUUGUUCAGCAAACCAUGUAAUAAAAAUACAAUGGCUCCCUUUUCAAACAGACACCUAUUAAAGUAACAGACCCAUUUUGAGAGUAAACUUCCAGUGGUACCAAAAGGUUAAGUACAAUACGAAUCUGACCUGCCGGAGGAUUGGAAGUUUCUCUUUGUGUUCUCUUUUAAAAUGAAUACAUUUUCAGCUCGCCACCAACUGAUUGUUCUUGAUUCCCCCAUUGUCCGGAUGACAAUGCAGCCCUCUUACAUGGCUGCAUACCAGCCAGCGUGAGAGCGGGAUCUGCAACAAGAAUAUGGCUUUCUUUCCCCCUCGGCAUAAUGGGGUUAUGCAUUCAGCAUUCUUUCUGAAGUAAUAAGGACUGGAACGAAAGCAUGGGUUCCUUUCUGCUCAGUUCAUUUUCAUCUCUGCAUAUUGCGGGACGGGGUGCCUUGAAAAACCUUUUUUUACGUUUCUUUCGCUCUGACCUUCUGUAGGUUCUUUGAGCACUUCUGCAAAGUGAAAUGUAUGAUAAGUUGGCAAAGAUGGUCUUAGGUCCUCCAUGUACCAUUUACUACAGCGUGAGCUGUUUAUGCUACUGACAUCCCUUGCAUCAGAAAUGGAAAAUGGAGGACCAACUGCUAAACCUGCCUUUUGUUUUGCGACAAGUAUGUUGCAAGCAAUAGGAACAGUAUGUUUGCAAAUGUAGGCCAAUGACAGGUUCAGGAACCAUAAUUUACUGGGAACUUUGGGUCUUUCAAAUGUAGAGCACUGUUGCACACAUGUCCUGCUUGUGGACUUCUUAUAGUCCUCUGGUUGGCCAUGUGGAAACAGAGUGCUGGACUAAGUAGGCCUUUGGAGAAGCUGAAGUUUUGAAGCAUAGCAGGUAGAAGAUACCGCUCCAUAAACAAGUAAGGACAGAAAUCCAAGCUCAGUCUAGCAUUUAUAUCAGGACUAGCCAGACUGGAAGCUUGAUAUAGCCUGCCUAUGAUAUUAGUCCAAUGAGCCCUUACACAAAUAUGAGUCCCCAAGCACAAGCAAGUUCAUUUUAUCCCAUCUGGUUUCCACUGGGGAUUAUCUUCAGCAUAUCUCCAUCCUUCCUGGGUAAGUUAGUUAAUAUGCACUCCUGCUCAGCAUUUGUAAGCAUUUAGAAGGAGCAGAGUUUGGUCGCAAAGCACAAAAGGCCACUAUUUUUCUGAAGUUAAGCGGGCCUGGAUCUGGUCAUUGAUCACCUGGGAGCCGUCUGUAUGCCGCCUGGGGUUUUAUGAUGGAAGAAAGGCAGGAUUGCUUGCUUGCUUAUUUAUUUAGCUUAUAUCCUGCCCUUUGUCAUAGGACACCAGGGCAGAUCACAGCAAAUAAAACACAUAAAAGCAAUCAAUAAACACUAAAAUGCAAUAUUCAUUCAUCAAAGUUAGAUAAAACGUCAGCAAUCUUGUCAGUUUUCCUUUCUACUGCACAAGCCAGUGUCUCAGCAUACACAUAUAAUACAUAAAAUGGUAAAUAAAUAAAUAAAUUUUCUUAAGAGGAAUGUGUACCUAAAAGUAAACUCACCUGUAUUUAGUUCAUAUUUAUCACUGCAUUUUUUGGGGGGGUGGCAUGAAAUGUUGGCAUGGCAAGUUAACUUGCACUGCAGUAAAUCCUUUGGGAGGCCAUCUUUCUCAGAUUCUUCUACUGUGGGCAACUUAGAUCACUGGCAGGUUAACACAUAUCUGUUCAGAAAGAAUGUGGUGUUCAACAACACACCCAGCGCUCUUGCAUGCUUGCUAAGAUCACAGACUGUGGUGCUCUAUCAUUUCCUUUUGAGGCCUAUUGUGCCGCUUAUUGAAUUGAAUGCUCAAUCUCUCACCCAAUCUAAUCUGUCAUGGGGCAUGCCUAGAUGGCAGCUUCCUGCUUUGCUGGUGGUUCUGCAGCUUAGCGCCACACUGGAAGUUUGGCACGCACUGCCUUUUAAUAAAGAAACACAGAGUUGCACAGUGGGUUAUAUAACAGCCCUUCAAGGGCUCCUGCUGUCUGCUGAGAACAGUGUUGCAGAGGUGGUCGGCAUAAUGCCCUCCAGAUGUUUCAGGACAACAGAUCCCGUCGUCCCUCACCAUUUGCCAUGUUGGCUAGAUCCAAUGGGAGUUGGGAGUCCCAACAAUAUCUGGCAGGCUACCCUGAGCUAUGAACCAAGCAGUCCCUAAUUCACACAUGACUUCUGCAGUGAACUUUUAAGAAAGUUUCCAUGACAGUUCCUCCAGUUCCAUCACUAUCCACCCCCUUUGCAAAAUGUGGAGAUAAUAAUGGCCUAUUUUUCAAUGCCUCAUUUGCAGUCGUACACUGAAUCUUAGGAAGUAAACUUAACACACUGAGGUUUCCUUAUGAGGAACUGUGUGCAGGAUCACCCGGUUGCUGAGACAAAAUAGUGUUUGAAAUUCCCCAGGCGCCUAGUGCAAUUUGCUACUGCCAUGGGUCCAAUUGCGACUAUGCAGAGAUUUCUGGGGUGCCAAGUUGGUGGCUGACAGCUCCAUUGAGGCACUUGACUCGUGCACAGUAAAAGACGCACUUCUUGUGCUUCUGUGCUGCUGUGGACCCCUUGCUGAGCAUCUUAGUCCUCCAUCACUCCAUCAAGCAAAGUAAGGGCAGGGCUGAGUGCAGAUAUAUUUGGCUGUGCUGUAGCCUUUCCACAAGCCAUCCAAAUGGAACAGACCGCAUGUUAUGACUGGAGUUUGGAUCCUUGAAUAAUAGGCAGGGAGGGUUUUAGAAUGUAGCAUCUGAUUGGCCGUUGGGACCGUCCAAUCAAGAUCCAGAAGGGAAGUUUGAACUAGCCUAUCAGGUGUGACCUAGGAUGUGAAUAAAGGAUAUAUAGCCUGGGGUCUGGGAGGGGCCAGAGGGAGACACACCUGAUGACUGACUGUUUUUAUCACAACACUGAAAUAAACUCCAUGAAACCGAUGGCUUUUCUCUGAGUAUCUUUCACCACACUUUAAAAAUCCUCUGUCUUGGUCUAUAGUUAAUACCAUUUCCAUUUCCCCUGUGUGUGUCUUUCCUUCUUGCUUUCUGGGACAAGUGAAUUGUCGUAAGAGCAAGGUACAGUCAAGCAAUGUAGCUGAGAUAAUAGAAUUGUAGCAUUGUAGUAUUGGAAGGUACCCCAAGGGUUAACUAGAUAUUCCGUUGUGGUGACCUAGGUUUAAGGCGCCAUUUGACGCCUAGCUAGAAACUCCGAUCUGUAAGCUAGGUGCCAAAUGGCUCCUUAAACCAAGGUUAUAGUUGCCAAAUUGAAUGCCUAGUUGCCAUUUUAGGGCUAGACAGCUCAAAAGCUGUAUUUUUCAAUACAAUGUUUUUGUUCCUGAAAUUCAUUCUGAUUGUACAAAUAAAAUAUAAUGGAUAGUAUUCUGCUGGAUGCGCUGCCAGUCUGUGAAAACAGUCAAGAUCCAAGGAUCCCCAGACAUGUACCUCCAGAUGGUGGAGACUUCAGGCGCCAUCUUGGCACUCCCAGGCACCUUUACUUGGUAGCAAGUGUCUGACAGCCAGGUGCAAAAUGCGCCUGGAGAAUUCUGGACACUGCCACCAUAAUCAAUCAAUCAAUCAAUCAAUCAAUCAGCCGUGGCAGUUCUCCUGACCCUGCUGAUCCUUUGCUCUGCCGUCUGAGCUUGAAGGAGAUUGGACACACCUCUGUGGGGGUGGAUGCAUUCAGCUAGCCUUCAUGCCAAACAGAAAUUGGAAGUUAUUAACUUUUCAUUAAUUAACUUCUCACCUGGCACUAAGUGGUCGAAGCUGCGGCAACGUGCCUUUGUGCUGUCGAGGAAUGCAGAAAACUGCCCAGUGUGAGACUUGGGCACCCCAGCCAAGCUCCUUGAACACGAUGUGGAGCAGCCGUAGGAAGCAGAGAGCAAAGGCUCUUUCCUGUGGCAGCAGCGCACCAGUGUCAGAGAGAGAGAGAGAGAGAGAGAGAGACCUGCUUUGUUGCCAUCGGACGCGCGAGCCAGAGACUACAUAAUGCAGUUGGCAUGCCUCGCGGGGUGGGGUGGGGGACGAGUUGCUGUCACUUAUCAGUGCUCCUCCCCAACACAUGGAUGGCUUUUGUCUCCAGAAGAUGAAUCUAUUUGGUCUCUGGUGGGCUGCAGCAUGGAUAGGAACAUACCAGGGAUGAAAAUGGAAGGGCGCAGGCUUCAGUCUGGAAUGGCAGUAGGAGCCAAAAACCAAGCGGCGGAGGAAACCCAAUAGCCUGAAAAGCACAAUGAUUUGUUCAGAGAAGGGCAGGGAACCGAGAUAAAAAAGCCCUGCUAAGAUCAGAAACUCUGGCGUGCACAGUGCCCCAUUGUUCAGCUGUCACACUUCCUUUUACUUUAUUGCUUUUGUCCAACACCCUAUUGUUCCACUUCCUUUUGUCCCCUAUUCAGUGUGCUGGCUUUUCAUUACCCAGCCAGCCUUGUUGUUUUCAUUUCUUUUGUCUGAAGUUCCUGAGAGGAAGGUUUUAUUUUCAGCAGUUUGAUUAAUUCACAGCUUGAGACAGGCUUUGUUUGUUAUGUAAUUACUGCCCUGCGCUUUUCCAGAGCUCCGAGUGGCAGGGAUGGUGGCACUUGGCCAGUUGCAAUGGCUGCUUUCGCCCCAAGCCCCCUUUUUGUGCUUCUGCGCCAGGAAAUUGCUGUGCGGUUGCAUUGCUGUGCUUUUGGUUCUGACGGACCUGGAAAGGGCCAGUUCUCCUGUGGCAUUAACAUCACUCCUGUGCAAGGAAACACACAUACAAUGUGUGAAUGCGGCUGUGUAUAUAUACCAUUUUCACUCUGAGGCUCUGUCUUGUACCCAAUUCAUGAAUUUUCUUUCACGCCAAAUUCUGACCAUGCCAAGGCAUGUUUCUUUGGCAAAUCCAUCAAUGUGAUGUUUUCCUACCUUUCCCCCCUCUUUCCCCUCUCCCCACAGGAUGUCCAUGAGGAGCCCUGCCUCUCCUCAGCUGGAGCUCGAUGGAGCCGGGAACAUGGUGAACUGCAGCAUUAA